AUGCCCGGCUCAAAUAGCCAAACAGAUCAUACUAUCGACAAGCGGGACUUCGAUGCAAACCGACCUCUGCUGGCUUCAGACCAGGAAGGGUCAAAUGAGGAAUGGAAUCCCGAGCUAGUUCAGUCGCGACCGAGAUCGCACUACUCACGCCGCUCGGGGGACAGCCGACGGGGAGCAGGAAGUGAUGAUGGACUCUUGAGCGAUGUUGUCGAGGGUAUUGUCGAGCGGGACCGACGGAAAAUGCAUAAGGAGGUGGUGCGAGUGAUAAGCUUCGCGUGGGGAGUUGUUACUUGUCUUGGGGCGGGAAGUAUUACCGCCUUCUCGCUAUACGGCCACCUUCUCCUCACUCGACUCCGAUAUACCCAGCUCCAAGUGAACGCUGUAUCGAUUGCCGCCGAAAUUGCUAUGUACUUGCUUGUCCCGCUAUUCGGAUAUCUUUGUGAUCGGUACAGUCCAUCGCCACUGGCGCUAUUCUCGGGGCUUCUUUUUGGGCUGGGAUAUAUGCUUGCUGCCUUGGCAUAUAGAAGUGGACCUCCUGUUGACGCUGGUGGUUCAGGCUGGCCAUUUUGGGUCAUGAUUGUGGCCUUCAUCGCCAUUGGAAUGGGUACUAGCUGUAUGUACCUAGCGGCUGUGGCAACAUGUGCCAAGAACUACGGCAGGGGGAAACACAAGGGAAUCAUGCUCGCUAUCCCCAUUGCAGCAUUCGGUCUCAGCGGUAUGUGGCAGAGCCAGCUUGGAACGUAUGUUCUAUACGAAAAGAACGCGGACGGCAGUCGCGGUGAUGUGGAUGUCUUCAGGUACUUCAUGUUCCUGUCGAUCCUAUUGCUGGUCAUCGGAAUCAUUGGCACAUUCGCGUUGCGCAUUGUCGAUGGCGGCGAGGAGAAGUAUAUCGAUGAAACUGUUGAAGAGCUCGAGCGAAGUGGCUUGCUUGAGGAAAGUGAAUUCUUCCGUCCACGACAUGAGGUCAGAGCGGCGGUUGAGUAUGGGACUUUUGCGGGUGACGAUGAUGAACGCUCGAUCACUCUCUCAGAGGAAGAGCGCGAGCAGCAAAGACGCGAGAAAGAGCGGGAAGAAGAGGAGCGUCGGAAGAAGAAUUGGUUACUCAACUACGAGACCCGGGUCUUUCUUCAAGAUCCCACAAUGUGGUGGCUGGCUGCUGGGUUCUUCUUGGUAACCGGACCCGGGGAAUCGUAUAUUAACAAUCUCGGGACCAUUAUUCCAACCCUGACUCCUCCUUCCUAUGAGGCAGACGCCUCGCCCCCAGCUGGUCUUCCUUCAACCCAUGUCACUACCGUUGCUUUGACUUCAACAAUCGCCCGUCUUCUUACCGGCUCUCUAUCAGACUUUUUCGCGCCCCCGGCAACACAUCUCUUUCCGCCCAUUCCGGAGGGUGCACCCUUCCUCCUCUCACUCGGCUACUUGAUUCUUUCCACCCCAAUUCCUCAACAGGAACCACCCAUCUUCCACCUCACGACUGCUCUUGUCGGCUUUGGCUAUGGUAGCGCUUUCUCCCUAACCCCAAUCAUCAUUUCGGUAGUAUGGGGCGUGGAGAACUUUGCUACGAACUGGGGUAUCGUUGCUAUGAUGCCCGCGCUGGGUGCUGCACUUUGGGGCGUAGUCUACUCUCGUGCCUACCAGAAUGCUAUUGAUGAUGGUGCUGGCUUCGGUUCUCCAGAUGGAGAGUGCCAUGGCUGGAGAUGCUAUGGGCUUUGGGCCGUGGGUUGCACAGCCAGUGUUUGGGUUGCUAUCGUAGUUUGGGCAGCUGCUUGGAGGGGAUGGAAGCGCAAGGGCGUUGUUGUUUAA